AUGAAUCAUCUUCUCCCUCGUUUGCACCAGAAAAAUCCAAGUGCUUCAAUGGAGUUAACUCUAGCUUCUUCUGCUUCAGCAAAAACUGCACUGCUCAGCUGCCGCCAAAUGCGAUUGGGUUCGCCUAAAUUACCGAAUGUUUGGAGGAGCAGUUUGUGGCGUUCUCGUAGCUCAAGGAGGAAUACAUCAUUGCGCACUCUUGCCUUGAGCACUACAGUAGGAUUGGGAAACACCAUGGAAACUCCUGCAGCCAAUGCUCAAAAUGUUAAUUAUAUGUGGCCUGAUCCUGAUAAAAAGAGGCCAAGGAUCUGCAUAGUAGGUGGUGGGUUUGGAGGUCUUUAUACAGCACUGAGGUUAGAAUCACUUGUUUGGCCUGAUGAGAAGAAACCACAGGUAGUCCUCAUCGAUCAAUCAGAACGUUUCGUUUUUAAGCCAUUGUUGUAUGAACUUCUCUCUGGAGAAGUUGAGGCAUGGGAAAUUGCUCCACAAUUCUCAGACUUGCUUGCCAAUACUGAUGUGAGGUUCUUCAAAGACAGGGUAAAAUGCUUAUAUCCAUGUGACCACUUAGGAACUAGUGCACCUACAGCAGGGACUGUUCAUCUCGAAAGUGGUCUCCUCGUAGAAUAUGACUGGUUGGUCCUUGCUAUAGGAGCUGAAGCCAAACUUGAUAUUGUUCCAGGCGCUGCAGAUUAUGCCUUGCCAUUUUAUACCCUAGAGGAUGCUCAUAGGGUUGAUAAAAAGCUAAGAGAAUUAGAGCGCAAGAACUUCGGUAAGGACUCUGCAAUACGAGUAGCAGUGGUUGGAUGUGGUUAUGGAGGAGUUGAGUUAGCUGCCACGAUAUCGGAAAGGUUGCAAGAAAAGGGAAUUGUACAAGCAAUUAAUGUUGAAAAGACAAUUUUGUCAAAUGCUCCAGCAGGAAAUAGGGAAGCAGCACUAAAAGUACUUUCGUCCAGGAAAGUUCAACUCAUACUUGGUUAUUUUGUCCGAUGCAUAACAAAAGGAGUCGAGCCUCAGACCUCAGAUGCUGAACCUAAAAGUAUAGACUCAGCAGCUGAUCAUUCUGAAAGUGUAACACUUGAAUUGCAGCCUGCUGAAAGAGGCUUGCAGGGUCAAACUAUACGGGCAGAUAUAGUUUUAUGGACUAUUGGAUCUAAACCACUACUUCCUCAGUUGGAACCUAGUGAUAAACCUUACGACAUUCCUCUGAAUGCUAGGGGACAAGCAGAAACUGAUGAAACUCUCCGUGUCAAGGGUCAUCCUCGUAUAUUUGCUGUUGGUGAUUCUUCUACAUUAAGGGACAGGAAUGGGAAGUUGCUUCCGGCUACUGCACAGGUUGCUUUCCAGCAAGCAGAUUUUGCUGGUUGGAAUUUGUGGGCUGCAAUUAAUGACCGUCCAUUGUUGCCUUUUAGGUAUCAAAAUUUAGGUGAGAUGAUGACACUUGGGAGGUAUGAUGCUGCUGUUUCACCAAGUUUCACUGAUGGACUGACCUUGGAGGGUUUUGUUGGUCAUACUGCAAGGAAAAUAGCGUAUUUGAUCAGAUUACCAACUGAUAAACACCGCGUGCAAGUAGGAAUCAGUUGGCUACUGAAAUCCACAGUUGAUUCAGUUGCAACAAUACAGACAAUGCUCACUAAAGCCCAAUCAGGCUCCUAAAUCAGUUGCUUUUUGGUCGGUACAAUCUUCUCUGGAACCGACCCACCCUUCUUCGUGCUGAGGAGGGACCGACAUCCUCAUCCUUUGUACAGUAUUAUUGAGAAAAUUGUUGAGUUGCAACAAUACCAACAAUGCUUGCUAAAGCUCAAAUGAGGAUCUCAGAGUAAUGCAUUUGUUGCAAUCACAUUAAGGUGGGGAGCUAGUUUACAUUUAUAUCCAUAA